AUGAAGAUUCUUCACGCCUUUAUCGCUCUUUCCGCCUUUGUGUCACUCUCCGUGCUGCCUUCGGCUGCAUACCACCCCGAAGAUGCGUAUUACCGUCGGCGAAGGACUGACGAAGAUCCUUAUGCGCGUAGCCUUAAAAGGGCCUAUCUUCCUUCCGACAGACUCACCAGACGAGACCUCAAUAUUAUACACGAGCUACUUUACGGUCGGGACACGGGAUGCGCGAUGAUCAACGACUUGCGGCGAAAGAAUGUCGGGAACUGCAUUGCAGCCGAUUGCGUAUCCGUCCAAGGACGUUGUGACAGAACUGCAAAUGGGUGUGAAAUGGCUGGGAAUGGGAAGGACACCGAUGAAUGCAAGAGGUGUCGAUGCGUCGACAGCCACGGAGGAAUAAUCAGGCCCAAUCCUCCUCCCGCUCCCGCUCCGGCCCCAGCUCCUGCUCCGGCCCCAGUUCCAGCCCAACAGGCAGCCAGGCGUAAGCAGCAGGCAUCUCCCAAGCGUAAUCGGCGAGCGUAA